AUGGAGAGCGCGUGGCUUCCAUCAGACUCGGACGUCGUGAAACAGCUGAAGAAAGGUGAGACGACUGGUCUCAUCGAAGCGCUAACGAAGAAAGACCAAGUGCUGCAGUCCGAGCAACCCCUGGAUGCCGCGCUGAAUGGAAUGGACCCUCCAUCGCCUCUCCAGAUCCACGUGCUUGUGAUGGUUCCAGCGAGGGGGAAACGCUCUCGACGGUCUCGAUGGCUGCCCAAGUCUUUUUAUCCAGUAGUGAAGAAGCGCAGAGUGGGCGGACACGUUGAGGAGGACGAGACGGACCCAUUUUCGAGGUUUUUCUGUAUGAAAGGCUUUCCCCCGUUGGCGCACAAAAAGAAGGAAUACGAAACGAUUGUGGAGAGAGAGGCGUACGUCGUCAUCUUUGCCCAGUUAAUGGAGGAGGUGAAGACAAACUUCGAAUACGAUCAGACACAGCUAGAUUAUCCCGGCGAGGACAGUGAACCAGACGAGGAUCGAGGCAAGGACUGCAACCUGAUUGUCACGGGCAAUCCUGGUACGGGCAAGAGUCGGUUCUACCUGUAUUGCAUCUUUCAACUCAUUCUUCGUGAACGAGAGGAUAUUAAGCAGCUACCCCCAUACGAGUUGGUGAUGAACUACGGCCAUGAAUUUCACAAGUACGACGCUGGACGUGAUGAAUUUGUCGAAUUGGCCGAUGAGGAUGUUGAUCUGCUUCGGGCCCAACCUCACAUGCUUCGACUUGUCGAGGCAACAUCGACGCGGCUUGUGGGCUGGAGCGGAGUCUCGAUUUUGUUUGCUGCUCCUGAUGCUGAAGGCAUGGAUGAUUUCGCGAAAGUGGGUGGUUUCCGGUACAUCUUGCCGACAUGGAGCUUGGAGGAACUGAAACAAUACAACGCGUUGCUAUCGGGCCGCCUGAAACUUGCUGACGAAGAUUUGGUUUCAAGAUACUACAAGUUUGGUGGAAUCCCCCGGUUCGUCUUCACGAGAGCUGAGAGCGAUGGUCAAGACGAUUUGAAUGAGGCGCUUAACUCAUUCAGUGCGCUUGAUAUCAUCGCUUAUUGUAGAUGCAAUCACGCAGUGGAGGAGGGUAACUUAAGCCACCGUGUCCUUGAAAUGGUUCCCACACGAGACGAUUUCCGCGGGAGCUUUCAUUUGGAUUUUUUGUCCAAGCAUAUUGCUGAGUCGGUCGUUGCCAGAGUGCAUGAAGAAAGCCUACACGGAGUCUCUCAAUUCGCUAUAGCUCACAGUGAUGAUGACUCGGGGAGUACGGCUGUCACGAAAAAGUUGCAGUUUCGCCCGUUGCGUUUGACGCCUCUGGCUGAUUUCAUCAUUCCGCACGACUUGAAAACGGUACGCUUCGCUGCACUGGACAAACUACAGCUCGCGGAGGGCUGGACGUACUACCGACCGACGUCAAAAACGUUUGGAGCGCUGGAUGCAUUUAUCUCGGAUGGGAGCUCGAAAUGCUAUGGAUUGCAGAUGACGCUGAACGAGGAUCGUGGAAUUAAAGCUGCACCACUGAACACGUUUCUCAAAUGGUUGAAGGGUGCUGGCAUCAAAACGGAUCAGUUUUACUUCGUAUUCGUGGUUCCAAGCAAAAUCGCAGAGUCUUUUCGGAAACAAACACCCAGGACGACGACAACCGGUGCGGUCAGUCAAAAACCUGGAGCGUCGGCGAAGGUGAAUCAGUUUGUAGCUGCGCUGGACGUUUUCAGUGGGAGCGAAUGA